UGGCAUAACAACCUGGUGCGGUUUACUAAUUGCGUCAGGCCACGAGCUGAAUUGCACUCAAAUAGUCCGAUGUGUGGUCGAGGCAUAAUGCCUUGGGCGGGCGGUAGCGGGCGAGUCGAGCCCCGCACCUUUCCCCCCACUGGCAGGGUAAGGGGGGAUUCAGUCUACCUCCGGACGCCGGGCCAGCAGCUCCCCCUUUUGCCGAUCCUCGCCGUGCUCCCGCGAAAACUGUUAUACUAAAACAUGAAUUAAAACAAACAUCAAAAGCUGAAAUAUAAGUUUCGGUGAGCGCCGUUCGCGUUAGUGCUGUGUUGAAAUUUCUCUUUUGUUUUUUUUAUUCAUUGGUUUGUGGAUGGUUUUGUUUCUGUGACAAUUCGAACUGAUACAACUCAGGAUUUUCUUUUUUUUUAAUUAAGAAUGUGGUGGGUCGUCUCAGGCGGCGGGUAGAGCGUCGCGAUGAGCGCGCCGGAGCCGGCUGUGCUGCAGGCGCUGCAGGGCCACACACAGAAUUGCGACAAGUGGCCCGGCCCGCGCGCCUGCAAGAUAUACGUCGCCUCUGUCUACAAUGACUUUCGCGAAGAGAGACGUCAGAUCCUGGAGAUGGUGGGGCCGGAACUGCAAGCAACAUACGACGAUCGGUACAUCGAGAUUGAGUUCCUGGACAUGCACUACGGCACGGACGGCGGCGACGAGAACAGCCCGGCGUUGUUACGACACCUCCUUGACGAGAUUCGCUGCUGUAACGAGACUUCCAAAGCUGGCUACUUCCUCUGUCUCAUUGGCGGCGAUGCAUCAUCCUACCUGCCAGUGCUCCCCUUCACCAUUAAACAGGACACGUUCGAGCAGUUAGUACAGCCCGGGUCUCCCCAGGCGGCGCUAGUGCAGGCGUGCUACCGGCUCCACGCAGACGGCCUUUAUCACCUGGAAGGAGACGAUAAAUGGUUCAGUAACUUGGUGGAACGAGAGGAGCAGCGCGGUCGACUGGCCGAGGUGCAGAAAGCGUUCAACUCGCUAGCGUUAGAAGCGCACGCUGACGGCGCUGACGUCACCGACCUUCUGCGCAGUCCUGUCGAGAUCCAAUGCGAAUUAGCUUUAGACCUUCUAUCAACCGGGAACCAUCCUAAGGGCGUAAUAGCAGUCUUCAGAGACUGCCCGGUACUUGAGGCGGAUGACUCGAAGAUCGCAGUUCUAGCGCAUUCUAGAUUAAAAGCCCUAAAAAGAAAAUUAGAAGAUACUUUACCUGAGAAUCAUAUCAUUAGACUUGAGUCGUCAUCAGCAGAGUCGUCCCGGACGGACGCUGCAUCCGAUAACGAGGAGAGACUGGCGCCGCUGCGGGAGGCGGUGCAAGCGUGCGUGAGCGCGCUACUCGACGACAGCCUCAGCACCGAGCCCGACCAGGGCAAGGGAAGGAAAAAGACUGUCCAGGAAGUUUUCUUGGAACACAUCACUCAUCUUAGAAUAUGUAUAGAACAUAGACGUCAGUAUAAGGUAAAUGUUAAGCAAAUCGAGGAUGCAGCGAAGAGUAUACUAAGCAACGCAAAAGAAAACUACGAAAACCGGACGCGACACCCUCCAGUGUUAAUAUAUGGGCCGGACGCCUCUGGAAAAAGUACUUUAUUGACACAUUUGUAUUAUAAAUGUGAGGAAGUUUUUCCCAAGCCUGUUCUAAGGAUAAUAAGGUUUUCGGCUUCCACUCCGAGAUCGGCCUACAAUUUGGAACUUUUGAGAGUUAUGUGCCAACAGAUAUCUAUUAUCUUGAACAUUCCGGAAGGCUACUUGCCAAAAGACGCCAGUUUUGAUCCUUUAUAUAUUAAUAAUUGGUUUCAAAGUUUAUUGAGGAGAUGCGAGGACAUGGAAAAUGAAAUUUUGUUUAUAUUUAUCGAUAACGUGCAUAGAGUAAAUCCGCUGGAGUGUGACAUAGUGACAGGGUUGUCAUGGUUACCGAUGUCUUUACCUCGUAACGUAUUCCUGGUGUGCACGAGCGCAGUCCCGCUCGAGCAGCUGCAGUUGACACCUGCGCAGAAGGAGAAAUUCAAGGUGCAGCAGUGCUACCAUCUCCUCGAUGCCAUCGCCGAAACACCAGAGAACAACAGCUACGGAGACUACAUCGACAGUGCCUUUGAUAAAUUAGAAGCUGUAUUCGGAUCUAAAGCCUUUAGUAAAUUAGCAGGUUAUAUAACUUGUUCGGAGUUCGGCCUCACGGAACUUGAGUUGCUGGAACUUCUCAUGCCAACGAGUAACAGCGACGCGGUUAUUACUCUGAAGGAUGCCAACUUUAACUUUUCUACUUUAUGUGUCGCCAAAUAUAUGAUGAAGCCUCUCAUAGCAGAGAACGUAGUAUCGGGUAGAAGCACGUGGCGCUGGCGUGCCGCGGCGGCGGGAGCGCGCGCGCGCAGGCGCUACGUGCGCGUGCAGAGCGCGCUCAGAGAUGCGCACUCCGACCUAGCGGCGCUGCACUUUGCAAAUUUCCUGCAGGAUCCCGACGACACGGAUACUUCGGAAACACAAGAGCCAGGUUGCGCAGACGACGAUGAUGCGCUGCUGGACUCGACGCCAUUCCACUCGGGCAGUCGGACGGCGGCCGCGUUCACGCAACGCCACGUCGAGGAAUCUUGGUUGCAUCUGCUGCUAGCCGGCGACUUCUCAAAGCUGAAGGAUCUUACUGUCUGCAAUUUCGACUUCUUGCUGGCUGCGGUACAAACGGUGACGGUGUCCUAUCUCCGAUGCAUUCUGGAACACGUUCGCUGCUACAUCCUUGACCGGGACGUAGAGCUCGUCUACGGCGCGGUCAAAAAAUCAAGCGACAUACUUACUCGCGAUCCCAUGCAGUUAGGAGCCCAGAUCAUAGCCUGGUUACGACCGGCGGUGGCGCGGCGAGGCGUGCUAGCGACGCUCGUCACCGCUGCGAUGGCAUGGUGCGACGGCUAUGACAAGCCGCUGCUCGUCCCACUCAACGGAUGGCUCCAACCGCCGAUAGCGUCGACGGUGCGUGUGGUGUCUGUGGGAGCGACGAGCCCCGGCUCGGGCGCGCGUCUGCUGCAACUAGCACCUUCCGGACAACAUCUGGUGCUGGCGCCUGCUGCCGGCGACCCACAGCUGUGGCACGUCAUGUCCAACUCUAAAGUACAUACGUUUAAAGGUCACUCGGGCAGGAUCCUUUGCAUGUGCGUCACGAGGGAGUCGCAGUACCUACUCACGGGCUCCGAAGACACCAGCGUCAUCGUCUGGGACCUUCACACGCUGGCAGUGAAGGCCAAAAUGACGGAACACAUCGCACCUGUACUAUGCGUGGCAGCUGUCGUGAAUCGCUCGCUGGUAAUCAGCGGUGGGGAGGACUCGGCUGUCAUCGUUGCGUCGCUGGUUGACGGCUCACUUGUGACAAAACUUGACCACCACCGGGGCUCCGUCACGGGCGUGAAGGUCCUCCAAGACGGCGAGAUCGUGGUCACAUGCUCCCAGGACGGGACAGUCUGCACGUGGAAUGUAGACAACUUCACGUUGCUGAGCACCGUCACGGCUGGCAUGCCUGUGCAUGCAAUGGAGAUCACGGACGACAACGUGUUCCUCGUCACCCUGCAGGGAGAAAACGAACUGCAUGUCCGGACGCUCAUCACUGGGACGUACCUGCAUAUGUUGAAGAGGCAUAAAACUAAGUUAAAGUGUUUCUGCGUGGCGCAUGACUCGUCGCGCGCGGCGGUGGGCUGCUCAGACCAGCGUGUCUACGUGUACAGUUUACACACGGCGCAACUCCUGCGUACUAUCGCCGUGGCCCACGAUCUAUCAGCGCUGGCGGUGGCGGACAGGGACCACUUCCUAUUGGCUGCUGGUGGAAACAGAGUGACAAUAUACUCAUUUCAUACAGAAGAUAAUUUAACUAACUUCCGGCCGACGAAACAACUAAAACGACGACAGACUAAAUCAAAAACUAACAUCAGCUUAUUACAAGCAGAACAAAGUGAGUUGAUCCCGAUCAGCUGCCUCGAAGUGUCCCGAGAUGGACAACUAGCAGCGAGCGGGUGCGCGCGGGGCCUUGUGCGCGUGUGGCAGCUGUCCACCCACCGGCUGCAAACCACGCUCAACGGCCACAUGGGCCACGUGACGUGCGUCACGUUCUCGCCCAACAACCUGUUGGUGCUGAGUGGCUCUGAGGACAGGACUGUCGUUGUUUGGCAGCUGGCGGACAACUCCCCUACAUUGACCUAUAAGGGUCACUCAGCCGCUCUGCAGUCGUUACUGAUGAUGUCGGACAACCGGCGCGCGAUGUCGGGCGACCGGGCGCGGAACGUGCACGUGUGGCUAGUUGACUCCGGCAUCGUUCUACAUUCAACCACGGGACCCUCGGCGAGCCUCGAAGUCACUCUUAAUAUGAAGUUUGCUGUGCUGUCGGAUGGUGAUAAUUCAGUCCGUAUCUGGGCGCUGACGGGUGGUGAGGGCAGCGACGAACGGCGCACGGUCUCCCACGCCGAGCGCGUCACAUGUUUCGCGGUCACCGCGGACCUGCAACAUGUCGUCACUGGCUCCAUGGACAUGUCGCUUAAAGUGUGGAAGCUGGACGGCGGGAAACUCUCCCAGGUCCUAGUGGGUCACUCGGACAUCGUGACCUGCGUAGCUGUUGCUAUCACGAACAAGACACAAGUCGUGUCUGGCUCGUGGGACUGCAACCUCAUCGUGUGGGACAUGAACACUGGCUCCGACCUACACCUCCUCUCCGGACAUUUGGGCAAAGUCACUUGCGUCAAAGUCACUGGAGAUGGGUCCAUCGCUGUAUCUAGCGCUGAAGACAAAACGUUGAUAAUCUGGGAGACAAAGCGCGGGCUCGCUCUGACGUCCCUCGCUCUGCACGUUCCUGUCCUCGGAUUGCAGAUCACAAGCGACUGCUCUCGCAUCGUCAUACACCUUCUAGACAGAGGGUGUCUCCCGAUUAUUUGUCUACAUAACACACCGGCAACGUACGUGAAGAUCCCAACGUAUGCAGCCCCAACGAAGAAUACCGAUGAAUUAAGACCUUUGGCUCCAAAGCGGCCAAUGAGAAGACUGCUCAAGAAAGAGGUAUCUUUAGACACCUACACGUGGCAGAAAAAGUACGGGCAUCUGACGUCGGCAGCUAUGAUGGCACAAGUAGACGAACGACUCAAACGAAGGUUUUCCGUAUCCGCUUCCAUGGAGGAAAUCUCAAAAAUACAAGAAGCGAAAAACAAAGACUUGGGCUCACAGGUAAGCCUGGGGCCCGAGGAGGCGGCGAUCGCCCAGUCGCAGCACUUCGACCAACUCGAGGCACUUUGGAACAAGGUGUCGCCGCCGCGGCGGCGCUCUAACAAGUCGUUAUCAAAACAGAGCUCCCUGAUAGAGAGGUUAGACUCUUCCGACGAAGAACACACGCCUGUUGAAGAACAAGUUAGUUUCCGGAAAGCCACAAACUAACCAGAGCAUAUUCCCACAGAGCACAUGGUGGAAUAAAGAAGAGGUGCACAGGCUUAAACCUACCUUCUAGUCAUCUUUAGCACAAAAAUUACGUUACGUUACCUACCGUUUCUGUUACUUUAGCAAUUUGUUAAAAAAGAUGUUUAAUUUUUUACCUAUUUUAAAAGAGCUGGUCUCCUAUAGAAAAAAUAGUAUGCGUUUUAACAUAUUUUAAGCAAUGUUUGUUUUUAGGUACAUUAUGAAGUAGUGAUUUUAUCGUAUGUUUAUUUAUUACACGUAACUAACUAUUUAGAAUCGUUCUUGAAAUGAUAAUUUUAAUAAAAAUAAAUAAGUACCUAUUUAGUAUGUAGAACUCCUGCCUCUUGCAAUGUGAUCUUCUAGGUGUAGCUUCUAUUAUUUCUGGACCAGUUUCUAUUGUACAUCGAAUUAUAAACAUACGUAGGUAACUUUACUGCUAUGCUUGUUUCAUAUAAACACUUUUACCAAAGAGAGUUAGAAAAGAGUAAAACAAGGUAGUAUAAAACAUUAAAUACUCUCAUUUGCUGAUGCCAAUUUCUAGCUUUUCAAGAGAUUAUACAAAAUGCUUUGUUUUUCCUCACGUGAUAAUCGUGGCAAAAACAUACCUUCUACUUAAGUUUUUUAGCAGAAUAACACGCAACGCGUUAUCUCAAGCGAAAGUCUCAAUUUUCAUUAUGUCUUAGAUUCUUGACGAAAUUUGUAUUAAUGGUAAAGUAAUGAUACUUAUAAAUUCCCAAUCUUAAUGAGAAACUGGUCCAUUAAGAUAAGUGUAACGUAAAAUUAAUAUAAUAUUAUAUAUUAAAACCGAGCGCAGUGUUGCGCUUCGUGUCUUUUAAGGGUAGAAUUCAUUUGUUGUGAUAUUUUCUGUUGUUAAAUGUAUAACGUAAAAAGUAUAUCAAUAUAGUGGUGUAGAAAUAAUUUAUCAAACAUUUAGAACAUUUUAUAAUACCAUAAUAUAACUUUUCACGUAUAAAAGUAUAUCAAAGCAAUUAAUUUUGUUAAAUGAAAAUCGAAUAUUUACUAAUUACGAGUACCUAUGCAUCUAUACUAUAUUAUUGUUGGUAUUACUGUUUUUUUUACAACUACCUACACAUACCUACUCAGAGCCAUAUGUUAAGAUAUUGCUGUAAUUAAAAAUUAGCUUUUUAGAAUAAAGAGUGUACCCUUCAAUUAAAAAAAUCUUGAUCGAAGGAAAUUAUAGCAAUGCCAUUAAAUUAAUCUGUGAAUGACUGAUUAAAUUUUAUUUAACUACCUGUCAAUUUCAUUUAAAAAACGAAAUAUCUGAAGCUGGUUAAAUUCAUUCGUAUAUCACAAACAUCUAUGCUAUAAUGUCCUCGAUCAAUGUAGAACUAGUGUUUUCCAAGCUGUGAUCCCUUAUAAAGACUUCUACAUAAGUACACAUUAUAUUCAACAUACAAUAGAUAUAUUUAAAGUGUAUGAAAUUAAAAGUAAGAAAAUAUCCACUCUUCUGGAGCGCUAAAGCUAGUUUAAUCGUCUUACAGAACUUUUUACACCCCGCCUGCAGCUAUAACUGCCUGUAUUACUACACUUUAUACAGUAUUUUAUAGAACUAGCACCUGAGGGCCUACCGCGAAAACCGAAAUUCGCAAAAAGGGGGAUCUCUUUUACUCCAAUGAAGGCGUAAUUAGAGUGAGUUCGAUUUUCACGGCUAUAGCCCUGGCUUAUAGUACACUAAAUAGCAAUACUGGUGAGUAGACCUAAAAACAAUGUGAGAUGUUAUUGCUAGAAAUACAAGGUGAAUUUGCGUCAUUACUGCUCAGUGACGCAAGGCGCUUACGUAAAAGUUUCCAAGCUUUUUAAAGGUGCGACCAGACCGCAGCUUAAAAAACGGUCACGAUACGGAAUCGCAGUGACGCGUCGUAUGCGUACCGUUUUAGACGCAUGCUCCCCACACCGCUGCUUAAAAUACGCUGACGCACCGUAAAUUUAUCUGCGUAAAAAUCGCAAAAAAUAUUACACGGAGAUCUUACGGCAGACACCACACCGGUGACGUAAAAGACGCAAAAAUUUGCGAACAAAAAAGAUUCGCGUGAAGCACGUCACUGCGAUUCCGUACCGUCACCGUUUUUUAAGCAGCGGUGUGGGGAGCAUGCGUCAAAAACGGUACGCAUACGACGCGUCACUGCGAUUCCGUAUCGUGACCGUUUUUUAAGCUGCGGUCUGGUCGCACCUUAAAUCUUGUAUUAUCAUCAGAAUGCACAUGCUUAUUUAAAAAAUAUAUUGCUAACAAUUUAAUCCCUAAUCUGAGGGAAAAUUACGAUGAACGCAGGGCUCAGAAAGGGCCUAACAUAUUUUUUUCAUUCACAAUGGCUUUUAAAGGGUCUCAAUAUUGAAAUUACAGUAACUUAUUCCAGGCUUUUGUUUAAAAAUAGACCAGACUAAGACCAGAGCUCAUAAAGAUAAUGUAAAGGAGUGAUUUUACAACGGACGCUCAUAACUUUCAGAUCAUUUAAUUUGCCUGCGACAAAACUCUGAGCUAGGAUGGCUGAAAUUUAAAUAUAUCUAGCAAAUGGUCUGAAAAUUGUAAUAAACACGUCAAACGAAUGUUGAGUGUCAGCUUUUAGUGCUUUAUAUAUGCUUUUUUUAAACCUGUCUGGAAAUAUAAUAAGGUUUGUCAUGAGGGUAUUCUAAUGAAAUAAUUAUAGAUACAUACUGUCAAAAUAUAUGCUUAUAAACAUAUUUCUUCCGUAAUAUUCUGGACAACAAAGCAUACAUAGUACCUAGUGAACGUAACUUGUGACAAAUCUUUUGCAGUGAACCUUUACGAGUACAUUAGGAUAAAUUAAAAAUAGACUUAGUUGCAUUUACAUAAAUGUGUAGUGGUAAUAGUAUUUCUACGGUUAAUUAGAAAAUGCAAUAAUAUCUUAUAAGUAGUUGCACUUAUUUGUAGAAACAAAACUUAGACUUUCUACUUUAAGAACUGAAUUCUUCUUAAAUGUUCAAAUGAAUACAAAUUGCUGCUAAUGCACGAUAUUUUGAUUUUAUUCACAAAAGAUUUAAAACCUUCUAAAAAACCCAGUCAGCAUUAAAAGCAGCGGAUCAGACUUCGUGUCAAAUAUGUCUACUACUAGUAUCUAGUAGUUUAACAAAAUAAAAUCGGCUAAGAGUAUUUCGGGCCAUGCUCAGUGUAGGAUUCCAUAGUUACCAUUCUGCCAGACUAGGCUAAACGAGGACUAUUAGUAAGUAUCGUGUACACUACAAACAUAAGGGAGUAGGCGUAGUAACCUACCUUCGCAGCGCUUUGUACGUCUUUUUAGUAAGAAGAGAAUUUGCAAUAACUCAAAAACGGCUGGACCGAUCAUAUUUGCUAUAGUUGUCAUUAAAGGUAUUGAAGCAUUUGUUUUCCUAUUUUAUUCAUAUUAUACAUUUACAAUAAAGUUAGAGGGCGGGGGGCAUAUAUUUUUUUCUUUCGGAGCGAUUAUUUCUGAAAAUAUAAAUUUUAUCAAUAAAUGGUUGUUGCAGCCCCUUAUUCCCUUUAAAAGACCUAUCCAACCAUACCCCGCACCAUUGGCAUAAUCAAAAAAAAACAAGAACAAUUCGUAUGGGAGGUACCCUAAAAAAGUAUAUUUUAGUAAGUAGUUGUUGAUAGCGGACUUGCGCGAUCUCCAGGCCGAUAACUGGCGGGAGAUGGCGCAGGAUCGAGACAACUGGCGUGUACUCGUGUCGGAGGCCAAGACUCAUUUUGGGUCGCUGCGCCAUUAAGUAGUAGUAGUAGUAGUAGUUGUUGAUAACUUACGAAUAUGUAUUAUGUAUCCAUGCCAAAUGCAGCUUUCAAACACUAACGAUCACGGAGCAAAGCCGAGGACUACUACGGAACCAUAAAAAGAGACAUUAUCUUGCUUACAGGUCAAUUCACAAGAGCUGGCCCGAAUGGGAUGAAUGAGUGACUGAAAAUAUCUACGAGUAACCAAUAAAAUGGCGGCUCUGACUGUAUACCGAUACAUACAUGUGUCACUCAUACAAUGUAAGUUUCGUUCAUUCCAUUCGUGAUAGCCUUAGACCGUUUAACUAACUGGAAUCGCCUUUAAGAGCUCAUCAACGUGCUCACUAGCGCCACUGGAAAAUAAUUGUGAUUGUUUAAAUUUAACGAUAGAUAUUUAAUGGUUGAUGGGCUCUGAAACGCUUAUCCCUCUGCCAAAAACCUCGGCCAAUGGUCAUGCUCACGUCAUAAUUAUUAUAUGGACUGACGUUUAUCUGACACGGCUAUUCGUGAAUGACCAUACAUUUGACGUGCUCCUCCCCCGCAAAAAUCUGCAGACCGGUUGGUCAAAUGCUCUAAGAUGACAGCUUUCGUGAUACGACCUGUAUGCAGAACAUUUAGAUUGUGAGAGAUCCGUUUGAUGCGUUGUUUCGUCCUCUACUAUGAAUGCUGACUGUACUUACCAUAUUUAUACAUGUACCUACGUAGCAUUUAAAUGUAUUAAAUUAUUUUUUAUUGUUUGAAGUCAACUGAACCUAUUCAAAGAACACAUACUUACUAAUAAGAAAAUCGACGGCAACGUGGCAGCGGUUACAUUUUAGGAAGAAAUUUUUAUGUGCAAGAAUAAUCUCUCAUGUGCCCUACGCAAUAAUGUAAUAAAUAUAAAGAUCGUUGGACACUGUCACCUUGUUGACUAUUUGUAUGUAAAAUUUUAUAUAUUUAUUGUUUCUUAUUCCUCUUAUAUGAAUUUUAUUUUUGACCUGUCGUGGUGUUAUAUCUGAAAAUAUAUUCUCUGUGUUUCUAAA